UCAUAAAAGAUUUCAUAUAUGGCAGAAUAGUGAAAUCCAUCUCUGUUCUUAUUUUCUUUCUCUCCUACUGCUACUUAUUACUUAAACCAACCAACUAAUCUCUCUCUCUCUCAUGUUUGUUUCAUACUUAGAAAGUCUCAGAUCUGAACUUCAACGUUUAUGCCAUCAUACAAUCUCUCUAACUGGAGUUUCCAAGUGGGCUAAUUAAUUCAUUCAUGGCAAAGUCACGGCAAGAUGUUUAUGUCCGUGAUGCAUCCCUCUCACCCACUGGUGCAAGAUCGAGGGAGUGGGAGGGCCCGUCAAGAUGGACUGAGUAUUUGAGUCCAGAUAUGACCUCUCCGAUGGCAUUUAGGACUUCUAGGAACAGGGGUCCUGAUGGACAGGUCCAGAGUUCGGGUGGUUCUCAUAAGGGUUUGAACUUGCAGUGGGUAGUACAACUUACUGAAGUGGCUGAAGGCCUCAUGGCCAAAAUGUAUAGAUUAAAUCAAAUUUUGGACUAUCCGGAUCCAGUUGGUCAUGUGUUUUCGGAAGCAUUUUGGAAAGCAGGUGUAUUUCCAAAUUAUCCAAGGAUUUGCUUAUUGCUCUCAAAAAGGUUUCCAGAGCAUUUUAGCAAAUUACAACUGGAACGAGUUGAUAAGGUCGUUUUGGAUGCUCUGAAUGAUAGUGCAGAAGUUCAUUUGCAGAGUUUGGAGCCAUGGGUCCAGCUGCUUAUUGACUUGAUGGCGUUUCGAGAACAAGCUCUACGACUUAUACUGGAUCUAAGUAGUACAGUCAUUACCUUGCUGCCCCAUCAGAACUCACUUAUACUUCACGCAUUUAUGGAUCUCUUUUGUUCCUUCAUACGUGUUAACCUUUUCUCCGAGAAGAUCCCGAGAAAAAUGAUGCUACAAAUGUAUAACCUUCUGCAUGCCAUGUCAAGAAAUGACAGAGACUGUGAUUUCUAUCAUCGGUUGGUUCAGUUUAUAGAUUCCUACGAUCCGCCAUUGAAAGGGUUACAAGAAGACCUGAAUUUUGUCAGUCCACGCAUUGGAGAGGUAUUAGAGGCAGUGGGUCCUAUUAUUUUCUUAUCUACAGAUACAAGGAAGCUCAGAAAUGAGGGAUUUCUAAGUCCAUAUCAUCCUCGAUAUCCAGAUAUACUUACAAAUUCUGCUCACCCAAUGAGGGCCCAAGAUCUAGCAGAUGUCACAUCUUAUAGGGAAUGGGUGCUACUUGGAUAUCUUGUUUGUCCUGAUGAGCUACUUCGUGUCACUAGCAUCGAUAUUGCUCUGGUUGUACUGAAGGAAAAUCUGAUUCUGACAGUAUUCAGAGAUGAGUAUGUGCUACUACACGAGGAUUAUCAAUUAUAUGUUUUGCCACGGAUAUUAGAGUCGAAGAAGAUGGCUAAAUCUGGACGCAGUAAACAAAAAGAAGCAGACUUGGAGUACAGUGUGGCAAAGCAGGUUGAGAAAAUGAUAAGUGAAGUGCAUGAGCAGGCGCUCUUAUCUUGUGAUUCCAUUCACCACGAGAGGAGAAUAUUGUUGAAGCAAGAAAUUGGAAGAAUGGUGCUCUUUUUUACUGAUCAGCCAAGUUUGCUGGCUCCAAAUAUCCAGAUGGUAUUUUCUGCUCUGGCUUUGGCUCAAUCCGAGGUCAUCUGGUACUUCCAACAUGUAGGAAUUGCCUCAUCAAAAUCUAAAGCUGCUCGAAUGGUACCAGUAGACAUAGAUCCAAAUGACCCAACUAUAGGUUUCUUACUAGAUGGAAUGGAUCGCCUAUGUUGUUUAGUGCGCAAGUAUAUUGCAGCUAUUCGAGGAUAUGCAUUAUCAUACCUUUCUUCUUGUGCUGGGAGAAUCCGGUUUUUGCUGGGAACUCCAGGAAUGCUGGCUCUUGAUCUGGAUGCUAGCUUGAAAGGGCUGCUACAGCAGAUAGUUCAACAUCUUGAAAACAUACCAAAACCACAGAGUGAAAAUGUUUCCGCCAUCACAUGUGAUCUAUCCGAAUUUCGUAAAGACUGGUUGUCAAUAUUGAUGAUUGUUACAUCUGCUCGGUCAUCUAUAAACAUAAGACAUUUGGAGAAAGCUACUGUCUCCACUGGAAAAGAAGGCUUACUGUCAGAAGGAAAUGCUGCUUAUAACUGGUCCAGAUGUGUUGAUGAACUAGAGUUUCAGCUGUCAAGGCAUGGAAGUCUGAGAAAACUGUAUUUCUAUCACCAGCACCUUACAGCAGUCUUCAGGAACACUAUGUUUGGACCUGAGGGACGUCCCCAGCAUUGCUGUGCAUGGCUUGGUGUUGCCAGUAGUUUUCCAGAAUGUGCUUCUCCAAUUGUUCCUGAAGAGGUUACCAAAAUUGGGCGGGAUGCAGUCCUAUAUGUUGAAUCUCUUAUUGAAUCUAUAAUGGGAGGAUUGGAGGGCUUAAUCAAUAUUCUUGAUUCUGAAGGAGGAUUUGGCGCCUUAGAGACCCAGCUUCUUCCAGAGCAAGCUGCUUUUUAUUUGAAUAAUGCAUCUAGAGUUUCAAUUCCUUCAACAAAAUCUCCCAAAGGAGCAUUCGGUUUUCCUCUUCCUGGGCAUGAGAGCUAUCCUGAAAAUAAUAGUUCUAUAAAAAUGUUAGAAGCUGCAAUGCAAAGGUUGACCAACUUGUGCUCAGUUUUGAAUGACAUGGAGCCAAUUUGUGUACUAAACCAUGUUUUCGUUCUGAGGGAGUACAUGAGAGAGUGCAUCCUUGGGAAUUUCAGGAGAAGGUUGCUUACAGUGCUAAAAACUGACAAUGAUCUUCAACGGCCUUCUGUCCUAGAGGCACUCAUUCAUAGGCACAUGAGCAUAGUCCAUCUUGCAGAGCAGCACAUAAGCAUGGACCUUACCCAUGGUAUUCGAGAGGUGCUACUCGCAGAGGCCUUUUCAGGACCAGUUUCUUCUCUUCACCUGUUUGAAAAACCAUCAGAGCAGCUCACUGGAUCAGCCACUGAAGUUGUUUGCAACUGGUACAUAGAAAACAUUAUCAAAGAUAUAUCAGGUGCUGGAAUCUUGUUUACACCAAUGCACAAAUGCUUCAAAAGCACAAGGCCUGUCGGCGGAUAUUUUGCAGAGUCAGUUACUGAUCUCAGAGAACUGCAGGCCUUUAUCCGUAUUUUUGGUGGCUAUGGAGUUGACAGGCUAGACAGAAUGAUGAAAGAACACACUGCUGCGCUCUUAAAUUGCAUUGAUACAUCAUUACGGUCAAACAGGGAAGUGUUAGAGUCAGUUGCUGGUAGUAUGCAUACUGGAGAUCGAAUUGAAAGAGAAGCAGCUUCAAAGCAGAUUUUGGACUUAGAUACAGUAAUUGGAUUUUGUACUGAGGCAGGACAGGCACUUGCUUUUGAUCAGCUUCUUGCUGAAGCUGCUGGAGUUGUGCUUGAAGAAGGUGCACCCUUGAUAUAUUCACUACUUGCUGGGGUAGUAAAGCAUAUACCUGAAGAAAUGCCUGAAAAGAGAGAAAUUAGGAGGAUUAGGGGCGUGGCAAAUAGUGUUGGUGCUGUUGUGGAUCAUGAUUCUGAGUGGGUGAGAUCAAUUAUGGAAGAGGUUGGGGGUGCAAAUGAUGGUUCUUGGACCUUGUUGCCUUAUUUAUUUGCCAGCUUCAUGACGUCAAAUAUCUGGAACACCACUGGCUUCAAUGUUAACACAGGAGGCUUCAACAAUAAUAUACACUGCUUGGCAAGGUGCAUGAGUGCUGUUAUUGCAGGAAGUGAAUUUGUUAGAAUGGAACGUGAACAUCAGCAGAGGCAGGCUUUCUCUAACGGCCAAGUUGGUGAGGCUCUGGAUCCUGAAAUGCAUAGCCGUUUGUCAGCUGAAGCAAGUAUAAAAUCUGCAAUGCAGCUUUUUGUCAAAUUUGCUGCUGGAAUCGUGCUAGAUUCCUGGAAUGAAGUUAAUAGAUCUCAUCUUGUAGCAAAGCUUAUUUUUCUGGACCAACUUUGUGAGAUCUCCCCAUACCUUCCUAGAAGUUCCCUUGAAGCCCAUAUUCCUUAUACCAUUCUCCGGUCAAUUUACAGCCAGUAUUACUCAAAUUCUCCUUCCAUGGCCCUGGCACUACUCAAUGCAUCACCUCGCCAUUCACCUGCUGUUUCGCUGUCGCACGCAUCCCCUGUGGUGAAGCAGCCUCGUGGAUAUUCAACACCUCAGUAUGGUGCUGAUGAUUUAGGGUACUUUAAAGGAACAUCUCAUAGCCAGGAACACCCUUAUGAUACUGAUAGUGGAAGCCUACGCGGCAACGAAAGCAAACACCGGAACAUUCGCCGGUCUGGACCCUUGGAUUACAGCUCAAGCCGCAAAGUAAAAUUUGUUGAAGGGUCAACUUCAGGGAGCACAGGCCCCAGUCCAUUGCCAAGGUUUGCAGUAUCAAGAUCUGGUCCUCUCUUGUACAAGUAGAAAAUGGUGAAACAUGGUAGAGAUAGGAGGGUCAUAAAUUAUCCACUUGUCGAUUUUAUGUUAUAUAUUAUCAUACAAAAUCACAGAGCUGAUAGAUGCAAAUUUUCGCAUAAUGUAAAUGUAGCACUUGGCAAGUUCAUCUUUGAAUAAUUUUAGAUCAUAUAAUUGAAUGCCUUCAGUUAGAAA